UACAAUUUUUAUUCGAUUUGGCGAAAUACUAAUUUGUCCUUUACCAUUCUAUCCUUGUCCCUCUCAACUUCACAUCUGGAAUUAGGGUUUUUCAAAAUUGAGAUGUGCAGGCACAAUGGAAUUCUCUGAAACAUCCAAUUUAGUCAGUACAAACGCUCUUAUAGGGUUUCAAUCGCCCACAUACGCUUCCAAUGCUGAUCCAGAUACUAAGCCAUCUGAUCAGACUGUGGAACUACGCAAAGAGGGGAGGAAAAAGCUGUAUUUGAAAGACGGCGGGGAUGCGGAGACUAAACCUGAUAAGGUGACAGCGGUGGUGGUGGAGAAAGUUCAAGAACAACUAGAAAAGCAGCUCCAUUUGAAAGAGGAUGAAGAGGACAAACAUUCGAUAGAAUGGAACCAAGAUGACGACUUUAAGAGUGCGGACAGCAAUGAUGGAGAAGAACAUAACAUGGACGAUAAAGAGGAUAAUGGUGAUGACAAGUUCAGUGAUGAGAUGGAGAGGAAGGAUGAGGGAAGUAAUGGUAAUAGAAGGUAUCAAUAUCCGGUCAGACCUGAAGCUGAAGAUUGCUCCUAUUAUAUGAAAACUGGGACUUGCAAGUUUGGAUCUAAUUGCAAGUUUAAUCAUCCCGUUAGAAGAAAAAACCAGGUUACCAAGGACAAGGUGAAGGAAAGGGAAGAACCAACUGAGAGGCCAGGCCAGACAGAAUGCAAGUAUUACUUGAGGACAGGAGGCUGUAAGUAUGGAAAAGCUUGUAGAUACAAUCACUCGAGAGCAAAACCUCCUGUGCUUCCAGCAAAAACAACAGUUUUCCCUGCUUUGGACCUAAACUUUCUGGGUCUCCCAAUCCGACCAGGAGAGAAAGAGUGCCCAUAUUAUAUGCGUAAUGGAUCCUGCAAGUAUGGAGCUAACUGCCGGUUUAAUCAUCCAGAUCCUACAGCUGUAGGAGGAAAUGAUGCUCCAUACAGUAAUGGUGGGUCUGCUUCUUUACAGCAAUCGUCACAACCGAGCGUAGCAUCUUGGUCUUCACCAAGAGGACUAAAUGAGACUGCCCCCUUUGUGCCAAUUAUGUUUCCACCAACUCAAGGGGUUCCAUCACAAAGCCCAGAAUGGAAUGGAUAUCAGGCUCCUUUAUAUCCACCGGAAAGAAGUCUACAUCCACCUCCAGCAUAUGUUAUAAGUCCAGCUACAGACACCAAUGUAUAUGCUCAUCAGCUGCAGAUGCCAGUUGAUGAAUUCCCCGAACGUCCUGGUCAACCAGAGUGCAGUUAUUAUAUGAAAACUGGGGACUGUAAGUUUAAAUCUAACUGCAAAUAUCAUCAUCCAAAGAAUCAGAUAUCAAAAUCACCUCCAUGUGAACUUAGUGACAGGGGCUGAAGAUCCAAUCGACUGUGUUUCUUUUUUAAAUGUUAUAUGAAUGUUAAAAGUAAUAAAAUCAAGAGGCAAAUCAUCAUUGAAUAAUAAAA